AACAGCUGCAUCGGAUUUGGAGUGACGCAGAUCCUCGUCACUCAGUCUCUCUCCAGAAAUGAAUACAGUCACGUUUCGCCGGAGUGCGGAGCACAGCAAGGGACAGCACGGCUGCAGCAUCAGCUGGCCCGCGAUCUUCUCCCGGCCACGUUACUUGUGCAGGCGCUCGAUGGGCGUCUAAGUCUCUAUACGAGCCUUGUCCCUGACGUGCCACUGGCUCCGACCUCAUAUUAACCUCUACUCGUGUCUGCCCGACCACUUCAUCCACGUCCCCCAUGCACGGAUCCAAAACGCCCGAACCCGAGUCUGUCCCGGCGUCUAGUGAGGCGCACCUCGUCCUCCACCAGGGUCUCGGCGCACUGGAUGACCACAUCGACACACUGCUCGCGCUUUGGGAGGAUCUGCGGCUCGUGACGUGCGAGGCGGCUGAAGUGGAUCUGGUCUCGUUUGCACAGAGCGCUUGCUUCUUCGGCGUCGUGUUGCUGGAGAGGGAUUGGCCGGUAGAUGAGGAUGCUGGGAUGGAAUACGAGAAUGCUGUUAGCGAGGAGAUGGAAGAGGGCUAUGGACAGCUGGGUCGCAGAUCCCCGGGGAACUUCGAAGCGAAUUGGACUGAGAGUGGGCAGGGCAAGGGCGCAGACGCUCAGAACGAGGGUCUUCAUUUCGUAGCGGCCACAUCUCAAUCGUCCAAACAGUCUGACCUGUCCCCGAAGCCCGACAUCAUCACAGUCUCUCUGAACGCAAAACCAGCCAAGCCAUAUUCCGCCAUCGGCAUCGUGUACUUGACUCUGACGCCUUUGGGCAGCUGCCCGCCAAAGCAAGUAGGCGAGCUGAACCUCGGCAUCGUCAUCGACCAGUCGCAUCGGCGGAAAAGCUUCGCCAGCCGCGUUCUCGAGGUGGUUCUGAAUCAAGCGUUCAACGACAUUAGGUGUCACCGUGUACAGGCGAACCUGCUCGGUGCCGAGCCGUGGGGAUUGAUGUUUUCGCUGCUCUUGAAACUGGGUUUUGGGCACGAGGGGACGAAACGACUUGCGUUCUUCCACCCGGUUGUUGCUGAGUGGCAGGAUCUCACGACCAUGGGCGUCCUUGCGACGGACUGGCUGAAUCGGGGGCGGUACAAACCGGCUCCCUCCACCCUCUGGGAUGAGCUGUUCCUGCGGCACUCUCGAGAGCGCGAGGCACUGCUCAAAUGGGACGACUCCCAUCAGCACAAGCGCAAGCGGAGUAACAGCACUGAGACGGUGCGCUACGUGGUGCCUUUGGUUCCAGAGAGCGAAUGUUCCAGCACGUCUGAUGCGGAGUGGGUAGAUACAAGUCCCGACCGCUCAGACUUCGGGGAAAGGCGCUCGGUGGGGCUUGAGAGUGUACGAUCAACCAGUCCGGCUGUCUCGGUGGCGUCGUCGUCUUGGUCUGCUUUCGAUUAUCCCUCGGACUCUCCUCUUCCAUCGGAUUGGGAAGUGGACCUGGCUGAGAUGGGCACAACGAGAAGUGGUUGAUGCACAUUCGAUUCGAGACAAGGCCAGUCCAGUCCAGCCCAAGCCACCUGGUUGAAUGGAUCGUGUACUUUUGAGUGUAUAUCUACACGGAAAACAAGCAACGCACUUAUUCUGUGACUGCGGACCUUACAGCUCCUGAGUGGCAGUGCAGGCACCUCAAAUCCGAAUGCCGAGUCUGCCGAUCGAGCCCCACAUUCUGUUUCUGCUUCUGCUACCAUAUCCGUCCCAACAACUCGCACGACGAACUCGGAGCCCGCCCAUUAUACCUUGAUAUCAAUAUCACUGGCCCAUGUAGAAUGAAUGCGCAUCGGCAACUCUGGCACAGGGGCGAGCAGGGCGAGGAUAAUUUCCGCAGCAGUUAUGAAUCCACCGGCUUAGUUUGUAUGUACUAUUGUUUCCCAUCGUAGGCCGCGCCUGCUUCGUCGAAAAUGGGGGGAGAGACCUUGAUUAUCGACGGCGGCCGCGAGUCACUUAUCUUGCGCAUCCUCAACUGCCUUCUCGUUCCCACCAGUCGAUGUUUGCUCUCAUGUCGCGUCGGUUCGUGUUGGCUUCUCCAUCUUUACUUGGACAUCUUCUUUGAGACUAGUUGGUGCAUCGGCUGACUAUCUCGGUGAUCAUCGUACGCGCGCCCGGGACCCGCUAUCUCGACCUAAGCCAUCUCCGCUGCAUCGCCAUCGUGCCCCUACAUAACAGAAUCGCUGCGAUAGGUGUCACUGUUGAAGAGAUGACGGAAAUGCAAACGAAGUGGAGGCUCGGGAUCGACGUGGGUGGCACAUUCACUGACGGUAUUCUCUACAACCCUCAUACGGGACGCACGUACCGCACGAAGAUCCCAUCGACCCCCGACAAUCAGGCGCGUGGGGUUCUGUCUGCAGUGGACCGUCUGCGUGUGCUAGCUAAGGAGGAGGACGUGCAAGAGAUCGAGGUUGAUGCACUGCACCACGGAACGACGGUGGCGACGAACGCGCUACUAGAAGGGACCGGUGCGCGGGUGGCGCUGGUGACGACAGAGGGGUUCCGGGACACGCUAGUUUUGAGACGCAGUCAGGUGCCCGGUGGGCUGGGUGCGUGGGUGGUGUAUCCGAAGCAGCGUCCGGUUGUGAGCCUCGAGAUGACGAUCGAAUGCCCCGGACGUUUCGCCAUCGACGGGAGCGAGGUCCGGCCAUUCGACGCGGAGGUAUUUCGGGAGCGGGUGCAAGGCUUGAAACAGCACAACCCCGAGGCGUUCACUGUCAGCCUGAUCAACUCGUUCGCCAACGCCGCACAUGAGCAGGCGGCGGCGGCAGUGCUGGCGGCGGAGUUCCCGCACGUGCCGAUCGUGCUGUCGAGUAACGUGCUCCCAGAGCUGAUGGAGUACGAACGCACCCUCACCGCCGUCGUCAGUGCCAUGGUGCGCCCGCGCGUGUCAGCGUAUUUGAUGCAGCUAACCGCCGGGCUGCCCACCGCCGACAUCCGCAUCCUCCGAUCCGACGGUGGCCUGACGAGCCCCGCCCUCGCCACCGAAUUCAGUGCGAAUCUGCUCUACUCCGGCCCGGCAGGGGGUGUUGCCGGCGUCGCGGCGCUCGUCGCGCGCAAAUGCGGCUACGCGAAUCUGCUGACGUUCGACAUGGGCGGGACGUCGACGGACGUGUGUCUCAUCCAGGACGGCACACCGGCGCUGCGCCGCGAGACGACGGUGGGCGAUCUGACUGUGCGCGCGCCGUCGGUGGAUGUGCGCACCGUCGGCGCAGGCGGGGGGAGCGUCGCGCAUGUGCCCGACGUGACACGGGCACUGAGGGUCGGGCCGGAAAGUGCCGGGGCGGUACCUGGGCCCGCGGCGUACGGGCAGGGUGGGGCAAAGCCCACCGUCACUGACGCGAAUCUGCUGCUAGGCUUUCUCCCCCCGACCCUUCUCUCCAACACCUUCCCGCUGUCCACUGCGGUUGCACAUGCUGCGCUGGCCCCCCUCAGUACCGCACUAUCGCUAUCGCUGCUCGACACAGCCGCAGGGAUCAUCGCGCUCGCUAACGAGACGAUGUUCGGUGCCCUGAAGAGCGUGUCGCUCGAACGCGGCCUCGAUCCGCGAGCGUUUAGUCUUGUUGCAUUCGGCGGGGCCGGCCCGACACACGUGUGCGCCCUCGCCCAGCUGCUCGGGAGCUACCCCGCUAUCGUCCCGCCCAGCCCCGGUGUGCUGUGUGCCUUCGGCGACGCGGUGGUCGGCCUGCGGCACGAAGUGGGUCGGACGUGCAAUGGGAUGACCGAGGCCAGGGAUGUGAUUGAUGUAUGUAGGCAUCUGGCGCGCGAGGCGGCGGCAGUGCUUGAGAAACAGGGAGUAGCACAGGAACGCCAAUCUUGCAGCUGGGAAGCGGAUAUGCGGUACACGGGCCAAGCGAUGAGCCUUCCCGUUGUGUUCCACGUCGAUGAGCUUGUGGAGAAGGGGAUGCAGAUCAUACAGGACCGAUUCACAGCGCACCACAACACCCAGUUCACGUACACCCUCCCGCUUCCUGUAGAGCUGAUCAAUCUGCGAGCUCGUGUGGAGGAGAUCGCCGAUCCGCUCAUCCUGCCCGUCUUGCCGGAGCGUGAGGGGGAUAUGGACGAUGCCCUGAUGGGGCGGACGCAGAUGUACUGGUCUGGACACACCUACACCGAUGCGCCUAUCUGGGAUCGUGCCAAGCUAUGCGCAGGAGACCGUCUCAGCGGGCCGGGGAUCAUCAGCGAGAUGGACGCCAAUACGUUACUCUUGCCGGACCACCGCGCGGAGAUCGACGGGUGGGGAAACAUCCUCAUCUGGCCGCAAGAAACCGUGUAUCCGCCGGGCCAAGCCGUUGCCGGGAAUAUCUCAGAGGAAGAUAAGCCACAGCAGGACCAGAAGAUCGUCACACAGAUCGUUGAAGCCGCGCUGGCGAACGCGCGGUUGGAGAUGGACGGCUUGAUUCAGCGCACGGCGCUUUCGCCUGCCAUGCGAGAGCAGCUGGAUUACUUCCCGAUGAUAUCCGCCGGCGAAGGCCCCAAUGAGGGGAAGAUGGUUAUCGGCCAGUUUGGGUCGUAUAUCGGCCACUUUCUGGAGAUCUGGACCUCUACAAUCGACCCCGGAGAUGUCUUUAUCACCAAUGAUCCAUACGAAGUGCGGGGCGGUAUAUCGCACCUCAACGACAUGCUCGUUAUGAUGCCGGUGUACUUUGGUGCUAGGAGGGUCGGAUGGGUGGCUAAUCAGGGGCAUUUCACCGACGUGGGCGGACAAACGCCUGGGUCUCUUCCGAUCAACGCACGUUCCAUCUUUGAGGAUGGGAUCCAGAUUCCACUGAGCAAGCUGUACGAGGGUGGAAAGAUGAAUAGCGCAUUGCAGAAUAUCAUUAUCCGGAACUCUCGUACCCCGUCUUUCUCCCGCGCAGACCUGCACGCCUUGGUGGCCGCGUGCCGGAUUGCCGGAGAGCGUAUCACAGAGCUGUGCACGCGGUUCGGCGUGGAUCGGUUCGCAUACGCGCUAGACUCGCUCCUGGCGCGGAACCGGGCUGCGUUUGCGGUGCUGCUCAAGACGAAGAUCCCGGCAGAUGUGAAAAUGAGUUUCGAGGACUGGAUGGACGAUGAUGGAACGGGGUGGGGGCCGUGGAAGGUCCGCUGUGCGAUGUUCAAGGAGGUGUUCGUGGGGGAGAAUGGGGUCGAGGAGGAGAGGCUGGUGUAUGAUUUUGAUGGCACGGACCCGCAGGCGGAGAGCAGCGUGAACUGGCUGCUAUCGCCAACGACAUGGAAGAUGCGGUCAUCGGCGUAUCUGAUCAAGGCUUUGGACCCGUCAAUCACGCUCAACGACGGCGCAUACGAUCUGAUGGAUGUGCGCAUCCCCCGAGGCACCCUCCUCAACCCCGUCCGCCCCGCCGGCCUCUCCUGCCGCACACAUCUCCUCGGACGGACGCUGGACCUGAUGAUCGGCACGCUCGGCCAGCGCCAGCCGCUGAUGAUGACUGCGGCAGGGUACAGCGACAGCCCGCACUUCUUCUACUCGGGCUGGCAGGCGGGCGAGUGGUUCCAGGUGUACCAGAUCGGCUUCGGCGGCGUGCCCGGGCGGCCGGUCGGCGACGGCCUGGACGGACACUCGCUGUUCCCGAGCAUGAAGACGGUCCCGAACGAGUAUCUCGAGCUAUACUACCCCCUGCUCGUCGACCGCUAUGCACUCAUCCCGGACUCGGGCGGUGCCGGGCUCCACCGUGGCGGAAACGGCGUGCGGAUCGACUAUGUGUUCCGGGCGCCGGGCGAGGUGUCCCUGCACGACGACCGCUGGCUGACGAAGCCGUGGGGUGUCAACGGUGGCUUGCCGGGUGCGCGAUCGAGCAAAGUGCUGGUCAGGAAGUCUGAUGGCGCGCGCGUCGCGCUGAAGAGCAAGGCGGAUCACGUCAGGGUCGAGCCGGGCGACGUCCUCGAAUGGUGCACCUGGGGCGGCGGCGGCUGGGGUGCCCCAGAACUCCGAUCGGCGGAGCUCGUCGCCCGCGAGGUCCGCGAGGGCCUCAUCACACCCGCCGGCGCGCGUCACUACGGCGUGCAACUCACGCCCACCGGCGCCGUCGACCUCGCGCCGACCACCGCGGCCCGUGCGCAGAUGGCCGCGGCCCGCGAAGGCCGCGCGGGGGUCUUCGAGAUCGACCGUGGCGGGUCGCUGCGGGAGCUGUUUGAGCGCUGUUUGGACGAGACCGGCCUCCCCCCGCCGCGGCUGCCGUCGGCGCGAACCCUGCGCGGCCCGGUUGCGAUGAUGCCCGAUGUGCUGGCGCUGCACCGGCGCAGACAGGAGGAGGACCGGGAGGAGUUUGGCGAAGAGGCGUAUGAGCGGUACGCUGCGGCGGGAUUGCAUGGCGAGGAGACGAUGAGAGGAGGAGACAGAGGAUGUUGCUGACCGGAUUUUUACACUGUAUGCGGAAACUAACAGUGCUGCUACCAGACAAUUCUUGUCUUGAAACUAGAAUGCAGUGCACUCAUUCUAUCGCUGGAGUGCAUACAUCGGGAUCACAUAGCUCGAACGCACGUCCUAAUGCACCUGCCUCCAGAGGGUGAGUUCAAAAGGUUGUUUGUACCGCAAAUGGCUGCGAAAACGUUCCGUUCUUGAUCGAUCUCACGAAAUUGAUCGUCUAGCAUCCUUCCACGACCCGUAAGGUUGCGGUUGUCAACCGAUAACAGUAUAAGCUACAAAUGUCACUUACAGUCGAAGACGCCCAAAUUGACUUCUGUGACUGA